UAUCACCUCUCUCUCUCCCCUCAGUUCCAGUGGCUUCUGGGUUUGAUUUCUGAGGGUUAGCACAAGAUUCUGCGCCUUUUCGGGAGUUUUGUGAAACCUUGGAGUCCGAAUCUGGAUGCAACUCCCUUAUAACCGAAGGAAUAAACCGAGAAUCCGAAGAAAAAUCAUCUUGUUGGAAUUAUGUUCGAUGAGACGGAAAUCUGUGGGAAUCUUGACUUUUACUCUGCUGCCUUGUUGGGGAGAAAUGCUUGUUUCCAUCAAGCUGAACAAGAGCUGGCUGCUACCGUUGUUGAUGAUUUUACGGAUGUCGAAGUGGAGGAGCUCGAACGGAGGUUGUGGAGAGACCAGUUGCGUUUGAAGCGGCUAAAGGAACUGAGCAAAGGGACAAAACCCGAUGGCUCCGAGAAUCCUCUGCAGUUGCAAGAACAGGACAGGAAGAAGAAGAAGACGAAUAGAGCGCAAGGUGGGAUCUUGAAGUACAUGUUGAAAAUUAUGGAGGUUUGCAAAGCUCAUGGUUUUGUUUAUGGAAUCGUGCAAGAGAACGGGAAAACUGUCAUGGGAUCCUCUGAUAAUCUCCGGGAAUGGUGGAAAGAUACGGUGAGGUUCGACAGGAACGGCCCAUAUGCCAUAGCCAAGCAUCUGACUGACAAUUCUUCCGGGCUUGGACAGGAUUUGGGGUCUCGAGUCGUCGGUUCUACUCCACACACAUUGCUCGAGCUUCAGGAUACAACUCUCGGGUCGCUUUUAUCAGCAUUGAUGCAGCAUUGUAGUCCUCCACAGAGGCGUUUUCCGCUUGAUAAGGGUGUUACUCCACCGUGGUGGCCUACAGGGAAGGAAGAGUGGUGGCCCCAAUUGUCUUUGCCUGAGGAUUGUCGAGGAUUUCCUCCACCAUACAAGAAACCUCACGAUUUAAAGAAGGUCUGGAAAGUCGGGGUCCUCAUGUCAGUGAUAAAGCACAUGUCUCCCGACAUUGCCAAGAUACGUAAGCUUGUGAGACAGUCUAAAUGCUUGCAGGGCAAAAUGACAGCCAGAGAAAGCUCCAUGUGGCUCGCUGCAAUCAACAGAGAAGAGGUCAUAGUUGGAGAACUUUACCCUAAUACUUUUCCCAGAGAAUUCGGUUAUUUUCCUGUUUCUGCUUUUGCGAGUGAUUCUCCCGUUGUUCCUAAGAGGAAGCUCGAGGCCAAUCCGGACAUAGCAUUGCAUCACAAGAUCUAUAAAUGUGAGAAUCAUCUCUGUCUGUACAGCGAGGCCCAAAUGGGAUUUUAUGACAGGAUCUCAAGGGACAACCACCAACUGACAUGUUUCUACAGAGGCAACUCAUUCGGGAUAGGAGCAACAAAUCUGCACGAAAACAACCUUAAACCCAUGACCCUAAACCAACCCUGUCUCGAAACCAAGCAAGCAGUACUUCCAAAUAACCCGUUCUCGCCGUUCUUUGGUCUAACCAGUCGUACGAUUCCCGAAGACGGGAAAUCAACCAUUUAUGAUCUGUGUUCCGGCUACUACAACAUCUCCCACAACAUCAAAUCUGGAAAUGAAGCAACGGCCAUGGAAGUCCAGAACAUUCUUCAACCGAAUAUUCAAGAUCAAUUGAGUGUUCAUCAGAUGUACAGACAAGUCCAGGGUACUAACGAACUCUUUGAAAGGCAGGCAAGGAAAAGCACAGAUCAAACGUCCUUACAUGAAGAACAAGCUGUAAGAAUGGAGCAUCUGCCGAAACAUCAUGACCCAUCCUUAUGGUUUCAGUAAGCUAUAACCUCUCCUAACCUCACAUGGAAACUACUGUUUUUUUUUUUUUUAUGAAACAUAUCUCAUGCCCCACAUCUUUGGUCUCUUGCUCUUCUUCAUUUUCUUCGUGGAGAAGAGCAAUUCAUGUAUUGAUGAUUCUUUGAUUCAGUAGCA